AAUACACGAUAUAUCAGAAAUAAUUUGUAGGAAUAAAUAAACGAAGAGCCCAUUUUAGGAUUUUCUAAACAAUAACUUUAAUAAUUUUAUAACUAAAAAGUGUAAUAAAAUUCAGAGAUGAUAACCGAAAAUUUAUUAUAACGUCCUACUUAAGUGUUGUACUGUAUUGCAAGGAAAUAUUAUAUCACAUUUGUAAAUUUGUUUAGCAAAAUACAAUAAAAAAAUGCGUUGUUGUGUUCCUAAUUGCAAGAACGAUUCCAGGCAUAUAUCAAAGUCCCAGGGGAUCACAUUUCACGUGUUCCCUGCAGAUCAGUCACUACGCUCAUCUUGGUUGAAAGCACUUGGCAAAGAAUCGUGGGAGCCUAAAGACAGAAGUGCAGUUUGCUCUCAGCAUUUCCUGUGUGAUGAUUUGUAUGAAACUAAAAACGGGUUGAGGAAGGUUAGGACUGGUGCAGUGCCUUUAAUGUUACUGGAUAACUAUGGACCAGACCUAACAAGUUUAAAGGUGUGCAGAAUCUGUCUGGUCAUGGACCGGAAGCUGUUCCCCAUUCGGAAAUACAAACUGGAGCGCGCGUUCGAGCAUUUAACAGGUUUAACGUUUUGCGAAGACGACAGUCUACCGCAGAAGCUGUGUGCAGAAUGCGCACAGAGACUGAUGACGUGCUACCGCUUCAGGAACAAGAGCUUAAGGGCGCACGCCCUUAUGAUGGAAAUCAUAGGGAAGCAGGAUAUGAUAACUUAUCAAAGCAUCCAAACAAUAAAUAGAGAAAAUAAUUUCCUCGCUUCGAACCUAAGUAUAAAGAGCUUCGAUCCAGACCACUGUGAUCUCUACAUAGAGCACAUGGAAGAAACGGACACACAAACAGACACAGAACAGAAGGAAGAACUCCCGCAGAUACAAGAAGUCACGUUAGAUGCAGAAAUAAAAAAUGAGACAAAUGAUGAAAUAUAUCUUAAUGAAACAGAUCGAAUAGCUGAAGAUAUUAAAGAAGAAGUCGUUCAUGAUGAUAUCGACAGAGAUUAUUCCACAGACGAUAGUAUACCUCUAGAGAAGAGAAGAACGAAGAAGAAGAAAACGAAGAAGGAAAGGGUGAAGAAAGUGAGGAAGAAACAGGCUAAGGACCCAACGGAACCGAAGAUCGACAGAAGAAGAAAACCAUUUCUUAACGAUGAUCUCAACGAAACACUUUUCACAAUAACGGAUCUGUCCCACGAAGAGCAAGUGGCGGAGAUCCUGAAGAGGCAGGAGUCCUCCAAUUACAAGAAUUCAGUCUUCAAGUGCAGUGCCUGCUUCAAGGGUUUCUUGGAUGAAGACGCUUACAAUGGCCACAUGACUCGGCAUACUGACCAAUGUGGAGAAUACGAGUGCGAGAUAUGCAAAACGCAUUUCAAGCAUCCCCACGCGUUAAGAAAACACAUCACUGCGCACCACACCCAACGGUUCAGCUGCAACCAGUGCCCCUAUGUGACCACACAUCGGCAGACGGCGAGGCUGCACGAGAGAUGGCACAAAGGCACCAAGUACCAAUGCCCGCAUUGUCAGGACGAGUUCGUUAAAUUCACAACGUACAUGGGCCACAUCCGCAUAAAGCACCCGUCGGACUUCGUGUGCGAGUUGUGCGGGUACUCAUUUGUAAGCGAGAAAGGGAUAGAGCUACACAAGAAGCUCAAGCACCGGCUCGAGAGUGAUAAGGUGGGGGAAGACGGGCCGCUGUGCGAGGUGUGCAGCGUGCGCUUCGUGUCGCAGGACGCGUACCGGCGCCACCUGCACGUGUCGGCCCGCCACAGCGCGCCCGACAAUGACUCGAAAGAGCCUAACAAACCUAAGAAAGGUAGGAAGCCGAGAGAAGCAAAAGAUAGAGACAAAUUAUCAAGGGAGAAGAGUAGAGAAAGAGAGUCGAGUGAGAAGAGAAAAUUGUAUCCAAGUCAGAUAAGGAAAGCGGAGGGACCUAUACCAUGUGAACAGUGCGGGAUGCAACUGGAGGACUCGAGGGCGUACCACGGCCACUUCAGGAGGAUGCACCCGGACAAGAAUCGAACCAAGUACCCGUCGAUGAAGUCGCCGUGCAUGUGCGAGGUCUGCGGCCGAAUGUUCCAGAGCUACGCGCUGCUGAAAGACCACCGCUGGGUGCACACGGGUGAAAAGCCGUUCGCGUGCGAGUUGUGCGGCAAGUCGUUCCGCAUGCGGCAGCGCCUCGUCGCGCAUCGCCGCGUGCACGCACCGCGCCGCCUCACCUACGCGUGCGCGCACUGCGGCAAGCACUUCUCCACACACAGCAACCGACAGAGACACAUGUUUAUACAUACGGGUUUGAAGCCCUUUAAAUGCGAGAUGUGCGGGAAGUGCUUCAAACACGCUAGCGAAAAGCGAGCCCACAUCUCCUACGUGCAUCUGAAGAAGCCCUGGCCAAAGCGGACGCGGGGGAAACGGAGACAGGGACAGCUUCCAGCCCAGACGGCAUUGGCGACGGGUACAAGCGAGAUGGAUAUAGAGCAGUCGUUAUGGCCCACUUGUGACCAAAAAUUAGGCGACAUGAACUCCAUGAUGGAUGAUAAGCCUAUGUACUAUAAUAUAAAGAUAUAAAUAAGAUUGACCGGUCCAGGAUAAGCAGCUUUAAUUUUAAUAUUGGCACUAUUACGUAGCAUAAGCUACACGCAGUAAAUUAAUAUAAAAUGACAAUAGGUUACCACUAUAAUGAAACACUUGGUCACAAUUAAUGAUCUCAAAUAAAAUCUGAACUGUAAGAUAGAUAGAAAGAGAUAAUGUAAACGAUUCCUCGCCAAGAGAAGAACAAGAACAUGCUUAAAGACAGAGUAGAAUUUUAGGGCAGGGGUGGAAUUUUAAUUUUCUUUUUUUUUUGUAAAAUUUUAUAACGAAAUGUAAUCUGAAAAAUGUCAAAAUAAUUAGAGAUACAAUAAUUAUCACCAGAAAGUGAGGUAUAAUAUUUGACAGAUUUCAUACCGAGCAAGUUAAUUUGUUCGAAAAUAUAAAAGUUGCUGUUUCUUUCUGUACUAUUAGUUAUUGUUUAUAUUAAUUAGAACAAAACCACAGAUAUUCAUAAAAGUAGAAAAAUCAAAAAGAAAAGAGUUAAAAAAAAUUAAAGAGCAAGUCACUGAUACAUAGCUUUGUGUAAUAAUAUAAUACUCUAGAAACUGAUAAACUUUUAUUUAAAAACUAAUUUCUGCAUGAAAUGACAUUGUGUAACAAAAAACUUCACCUCAGUAUCAACUAGCGACAUCUGGUGAGCGGAAUAUUAUUAGUCCUCAUUGCUUGUAGCUCGAAAUAAAUUAUUGAAACACUAAAAAAAUUCCUUUGGUAUGUUAAAAUUCUCAAAAAUUAUUCUUGAUCUUUACUCCUGUGCCUUUAUCCCUUUUAAAUCUGGUCAUUCCUAAGCUCAAAAACAUUUAAAACAAUUUCAGCUAUAAAUGAAUUAAAAUUCAAUGAGCAUAAUAUGAUAUCAACUAUAUUUGGACGUAGUCAAACUAAAAUCGAAAGAAGUAGAUGGAUGGAUGGCUCACGACUGUGCUUUGUGGCAUUCCUUGGGGGAGACCUAUAUUCAACAGUGGCCUUGUAAAGGGAUGUACCUAAUGAUGAUGAUGAUAAUCAUAAGGUUUAGUUUCGAAUCAAGUCAAGUAUUUACCUUGAGAUAAUGGUCGGCCAUAUUAAAUUUUAUUUUAUUGUUUAUUUUAUGUGCUUGAUAAUGUUUAAAGUGUUUUUAAUAACAAAUUAUUUUUUUAGACACCUGUGGUAUAAUAUUUUUAACGAUUAAAAUAUUGUGUAUAUUUUUUAAUUAAUUUAUUUUUACAAAUAUGUACAAUGAAAAUGCUAAGUGUAAUAUGAUUUUUCAUUCAUUGUAAUGAUUUUCAUUUUUUUAGGAUCCUUUUGUAUAUAUUUAUUUAUACGGAAAUAAAUUAGCUUAGUUAAUCAAAAAUAAUUUUCUACCAAAUUGGUAGAAAGAAGAGUUUUAUGCAAUAAAAAAGUAACGAGGUUUUGGCGGGAACUUAACCGUUGCCGGCUUGUUGCUUCAGUUUUAAUGUUGAUAUAAUGGUUUGAAGUAAAUUUUGAUACAAAAAAUGAUGUUUUUUUUUGUGCUAAGCAUCUGAGCAUGGUGAAUAUUAGUAGAAACGACGUAACAAGUGAUUCAAUGUUAAAAUAAACCGCAAGUAAUUUUGUGGAUACUCCGUUGUGUUGAGCUGUCGUCAAAAUCUCCCAAAAACUUCGCAAUAUAACGCAUCAGCAUAUUUUGAAGAAGUUAACAUAAUAAUACUAAGUAUAUUGGGUAAUUUCUUAUUACUUGACACUGGCAAAUGUAUAAUUAUACCUACGAGUCCGUAAACAAAUAAAAAAGUAGGCAUCGGAUUUUGAUAAUGCAUUUUAGUUUUACUAUUGUAUAAUUUGGAAGUGAGUGAUAAGUAUAAUUGGGUAUAUUGUGAAAUUAUAUUUUAUAAUAACUGAAUGUAUGUACUAAUUUAUUGGUGAUUAUAAUAAAUGAAUUGAUAUUUUCCAU